GUCUCCACAAGAGGAGAUUAGCAUCAAGUCAUCAGAUAGUCAAUGAUACGAAAGUAGUUCAUCUACUUGAAACUAUCCAUCAUCAUUAUGGACGCAUAUUCAAGUGUACCUCUCGAAUUGAGAGGACUUAAUCAAACUAGCUUUGUGGACGAUGACAAUUUUGGCCCGUUUUACAAAGUCCCUGGGAAAGCAACAUUCGAUUUCACACUCCUCUUCGAAGAAACUAUCCUCUCAAUCUUACCUUCGGUUUUCCUAUUAAUUCUCAUACCGCCGAGAAUUCAGCACCUGUGGAAAUCCUCACGAAAAGUAACUAGAAGUCAUCUUCUCACCACAAAAAUCAUUCUCCUCUCCAUCUUCUGCAUCCUCCAAAUCGUAAAUGUAAUCGCAACAUCCCACUCCCCCCUAAAAACACGUGCCUCGCUACCCGCGGCUCUCCUCGCACUCAUCGCGACCUUCGGUUUGUGCAUCCUAUCGUACUUCGAACAUAGCAGGAAUAUUCGUCCCAGCUCGAUAAUUAACGCAUACCUCUUUUUCACAUUACCCUUUGAUGCCGCACAUUUGCGAACCAGAUGGUUGCGUGGAGAUGAUUUAGCGGGGAAUUCGAUCGCGACGUCUAUCUUGGGACUUAAACUUUUGCUUUUGAUUUUGGAGGCGAGGGGGAAAAGACAGAUUCUUUUCCCGCGAUAUGUGUAUCUUUCACCGGAAAGUACGAGUGGAUUGUUUGCAAGAAGAUUGUUGUGGUGGUUAAAUCCGCUUUUUAGGUUGGGGUUUGAAGGAGUGCUUAGGGAUCAAGAUUUAUUCGUGGUGGAUGGAGAGUUGUCGUCGGAAGCUUGUGAGAAUAGGUUGAGGAAAUAUUGGGGAAAUCGUGCGAAAUAUCCUCAAAAACACACACUGAUGUGGGUAAUGCUACGAGCGAUGUUAGGACCACUUGCAGCAUCCAUUCCACCACGUCUAGCAUUGACAUUCUUCCGCUUUAUGCAACCAUUCCUUAUCAAUAGAAUCGUCUCUCUCGUCAGUAAUCCCGACUCCGAAUCUUCCAAUAAUGGCUGGGGCCUAACAGCUGCUUCCGGACUCAUCUAUCUCGGUCUAGCCCUCACAGUAAGCGCAUCUCAACAUAAAGCUAACCGCAUGACAACUAUGGUGCGAGGUGCCCUCAUCAGUGCCAUCUAUUCCCAUACCCUCGAGCUUUCCCUACCCAAUCUCGACCAAUCCGCAGCCGUAACCCUUAUGUCUUCAGAUGUCGAACGUGUCUGUGUCGCUUUACAACCGAUUCAUAAUCUCUGGGCUAGUCCCAUUGAGAUCGCACUGGCAACUUGGCUACUGCAGAGAGAAAUCGGUAUUGCACUUUUAGGUCCCUUGUUCGUAACGAUGGUAGCGGUUUCAGGCCCGUUUUUCAUGGCGAAAUAUAUGGGCGCUGCGCAGAAGAUUUGGAUGGAUAAGAUUCAGAUGAGAAUCGAUAUGUCGGUGAAAAUGCUGCAAUCUAUAAAGGGAAUCAAGAUGUUAGGUCUCGGCGAGAAAAUUUCGAAUACGAUAUUUCAACUUAGAGAAAAUGAAAUCAGAAAUUCUCUGAAGAUGAGAAGGCUAUUCGUGGUUAUGAUUGCUUUCGGUAAUAUGUCUGAUAUCUUCGCGCCUGGGGCCGCUUUUAUCAUAUAUGUCAUUGUGGCAUCUGUGAAUGGAAAGAUUUUGGAUGUUUCAUCGGCAUUUACUACACUGUCGCUUAUUGCAUUGCUGGUUGCGCCCAUUCGAGCGACUGUGUUUGCGGUUCCGCCCCUUAUUGCUGCAGUGGGAUGCUUAGAUCGGAUUGAGAGCUUUCUUGCUUCGGCUACGAAGAGAGAUCAUCGUCUUGUAUUAUCGCGAGUGCAAGAUUUAUCGAGUAGUCAUGCUAGGCUUGGAAUAUCGUCUGAGGAUGUAUCUGCAGGUUUUGAGAUUGAGCUGGAGAACAUGACAGUACGAGCAGAUACGUCUGAGGCACCAACGCCGAUUGCUGUCAAAGAUCUAUCUCUCGCUUGGGCAACCUCAUCUCCUCAAGUCAUUACUGAUGUCUCGUUCUCGGUUCCGCCCACCACCCUAACGAUGAUCAUCGGACCAAUCGGCAGUGGGAAAUCUACUCUUCUCAAAGGUCUUUUAGGAGAACUUCCUUCGACAGAAGGAAAUAUCUACAUUAAUCACUCUCACGUUGCAUUUGUGGAUCAAACCUCUUGGAUUCAAAAUUGCAGUAUUAGAGAUAAUAUUGUUGGGACUAGCGACUAUGAAUCUGCGUGGUAUCAGAGAGUCAUGCAUGUUUGUGCUUUAGAGAAUGAUAUUGAAGGAAUGACAGAGGGAGAUAAUACUAUUGCGGGCUCUGGAGGAGUUGCGCUUUCGGGAGGUCAGAAAUUGAGAAUUGCACUUGCUCGAGCAGUUUACUCGCGUCACAAAAUCUUGAUGUUGGACGAUGUAUUCAGUGGUCUGGAUAUUGUUAGUGAAGAACAGAUCUUUACUCGCUUACUUGGUAGACGCGGAUUGCUUCGUCAAUUAGGUAUCACGACUAUAUUAGUUACUCACGCGGCACAUCGUUUAUCCUAUGCCGAUCAUAUCAUCGCUCUUAGUGUUCAUGGGACGGUUGCCGAGCAAGGGACAUUUUAUGAUCUAACUAGGAAGAAUGGAUAUGUUUCUAGUCUUCAGACGAAAUAUGUGAUAGAAACAGAUACGCUUAAAGAGUCUGAACUUGGGGAUGUGAAAGACAAUGAUGAUACCGCGAGACAAAUUGCGAGUGCCGAUAUUGAGCGCCCAUUUGGGAAUUGGGCGACGUAUCGAUGUUACUUUGAGAGUUUGGGAUGGCGGAAUAUGGCAGUGUGGAUGGGGAUGAUGGUUUGUUAUUCUUUGCUCUUGCAGUUUCCUAAUCUCUGGAUCAAAUUCUGGACAAGUGCUAUUACUAUUCAUGGAAAUUCAAUCAAUGGUUUCUACCUCGGUAUACUCAUAGCCGUCGAAGUAAUCUCCAUGUUUCUACUCAUGAUACUCACUAGUACACUCCUCUUAAAAAUGAUACCCCGAUCUGCCACCAUCUUGCAUACUGCACUCCUCACCACCGUUUAUAACGCCCCUCUCUACUUCCUCACCAAAACAGACACGGGGUCAAUCAUCAACCGCUUAAGUCACGACCUCUCGGUCCUCGACUCCGAGCUUCCCAUUGCGUUUCUGAUCGUCAUUAACAACAUCUUCACAUCUCUCAUCCAAGCCCUCCUCAUAUGUAUCUCCGCCUCCUAUUUCUCCCUUGCACUCCCUUUCAUCCUCCUCCUAAUUUACCUCCUCCAAAAAUACUAUCUCCGCACAUCCCGUCAGAUCCGGCUCAUGGAUCUCUCAUCCAAAGCACCUCUCCACACGCAUUUCCUUGAAACCAUCACUGGACUUCUCACCAUCCGCGCAUUCGGUUUCCACACCGCCAUGCAACAGCGCCAUAUAUAUCUCCUGGAUAAUUCCCAAAGACCUUUUUACUUACUCUAUUGCAUCCAAGUAUGGUUGAUGCUCGUCAUUGAUCUUUUAGUUGCCGCUCUGGCGAUUCUUCUCGUCGCGCUGGUGGUGAAAUUGAGAUACACCGCUGAUGCGGGAUUGGUAGGCUUGGCAUUGGUGAAUAUUAUGGGGUUUAAUACUACGCUCUCGGCGGUUGUCAUUCAUUGGACGGCGACGGAAACGAGUGUGGGGGCGGUGGAGAGGAUUAGAUUGUUUGUGCAUGGAACACCAGAUGAAAAUCCCCAAAAAAAUGAGAAUGUUGGAGAGGGAGAGGGAGAGAUUGAGAUAGGGGGAGAGGUGCCGGAGGACUGGCCCAGUAGAGGAGCGAUUCGAAUUGAAAAUACAACAGCAUCAUAUUCGAAAGAUCAAGAGCCAUGCCUACGAAACAUCAAUCUGGAUAUUCCAGCUGGUCAAAAAAUCAGUAUAUGUGGUGUUUCCGGCGCGGGAAAAUCAUCUUUUAUUGCGUUACUUUUGCAUAUGCUGGAAGUACAGCAGGGAUCAAUCAUGAUCGAUGGGAUUGACAUUUUCAAGAUUCCACGACAGAUCCUACGAGAACGCAUGGUUGUUAUACCCCAAGAUCCAGUGUUUAUCAAUGGGUCGGUUCGCCAGAAUCUUGAUCCCUUUUCUCUGCAACAGGAUGAUGUGGAGAUUGUAGGUAUUCUGGAGAAAUUGGGCCUUGUUCUUCCUGGAGUGAUUGAGAUCGAGGGACUUUCUGAUAACUUUAAUCCGGAUUUGUUAUCACAUGGGCAGCGACAACUUUUUUGUCUGGCGCGUGCGGUGUUAGGGUAUAGAUGGAUAGUGAGGAUGAAGAAGAGAUGUCCAAUUGUAGUUAUGGAUGAGGUGAGUGCGAGUGUGGAUGUAGAGACGGAGGAGGUGAUGAAGAGGAUUGUAGAAGAGGAGUUUGGAGGGGCGACGGUGCUGGGCAUUGCGCAUAGGGAAGGGAUGGUUGGUGGGUGCGAGAGAAUGGUGGUUUUUGCAGAGGGGAAGGUGUUGGAGGAGAGAGAUUGGGAGGGAUUGAGUACUUUUGGAGUGCGAGAGAGAAGGAAGUAGAGAGGGGGGUGGGUAAGAAGAGGAGGGAGAGGAAGAGAGGGUCUGGGUAUGAGAUUCUGGCUAUUGCAUAGGAUCUGUUUGUGAAUAUACCUAGUAUCAAGAAUUCA